CGUUCUGAGCCACCACCUGUACAGCCUAUGCCAAGAGCCAGUCCUGCGUGCGUCACAGCGCGGCUGACCAAUGGGGGACGUGGGCACGAGGGCUUCUCGGUUAGUCGACGAGCGCUACAACUUACUGCUGUUAAUAUACACAAAAAAAGGUAUUCUACGGGAAAGUAGAAACUUUCUUGAUCGCCCAGCAAGACGAUGGACAAUCAGAGCCAGGUGGUGAACUUGGAGCGGGUCCAGGCGCUUGAGGCCUGGCUGAAAUCCACCAACACCAAACUGACUCAGGUUAACGGCCAGAGGAAAUAUGGAGGACCACCUGAAGUGUGGGACGGUCCCCCGCCGGGGGCGCGCUGUGAGGUCUUCAUCAGUCAGAUCCCGCGGGACGUCUACGAGGACCUGCUGAUCCCGCUCUUCAGCUCCGUGGGGGUGCUGUGGGAGUUCCGACUCAUGAUGAACUUCAGUGGUCAGAACCGUGGCUUUGCGUAUGCAAAAUACGGCACGGCCGCCAUCGCCAAUGACGCCAUCCGCCAGCUGCAUGGCUACACGCUGGGGCCCGGGACUCGCCUCAACGUGCGCUGCAGCAUUGAGAAGCGCCACCUCUGCAUCCAGAAUCUGCCGGCCUCCACCCAGCAGGAGGAACUGCUGCAGGUGCUGGGUUUGCUGUCUGCCGGUGUGGAGAGUGUUGCCUUGAAGGCCGGCCCUGGCAUAGAGGGGGUGUCCGCUGUCGUUUGCUUCUCUUCUCAUCAUGCAGCCUCCAUGGCCAAGAAGGUUCUGGGAGAAGGAAGAUUGCAAGUCUUGGAGUAUCCGGAUACUCAUCACUGCCCUCCCUCCGUCCUGAGCUUCUCCUGCCGGUCUUCCCAGUCUCACAUCUUCCUGUGGUUUCCUUCUCCAGAGUUCAAGAAGCAGUUCUGCUUGGAAAUCUCCAUCAAGUGGCUUUCAGCAGAGAAACAUAUCCCGGAUGAGCCCCCUCCUCCUCAGAGAGCUCCUAAAGGCCUGCUGAUGUCUCCCCUCAAGCACCUAGGCCAAACCUCCCCCCGGCUUCCCCCACGCAUGGUUUCUCCCUCCAUCCCUACAGCGUUCUGCAGAGCUGUGGGUGGCCCUGCCACUCAGUAUGGUCCUAAAUGCACCUCCUCCCCUCCCAGGGGGCAAUUAAUGUUUUCGGUGUCCCCGGUGCUGCUGCUGCAGAAGCUGAGCGAGGCGAGCGGGUGGGGGGAUCCGCAGUAUGAGAUGUUCUUUAGCCACACCGGCCCAGAUGGAUUUCUUUACUUCACCUACAACGUCCACGUCCCCGGGGCCCCCAAAACCUUCAGGGGCUUCGUCAUGAUUUUACCGGGACACUGCAGCUCCACCGUGUUGGAGGAGGCCCAGAGGGCUGCAGCCCAGCAGGUCCUGCAGAAGGUGUGCAGCAGCGCGUUGAGCGUCUGAGUGUUUUAAAGGGUUUUGUUCCUGCAUGUUUUAGAGUGUUGAGUUGUUUCAGUGUGUUUGCAUGCUUUUUACUGUUCACUGUUCCUCGUUUGAAGUAAAUGAGAUCAAAACAAA